GGGGGCGGAGGGAGGGCUGGUUUUCCAUAGUAACGGGGACAAAACAAGCCGGUCCCACACAAAGCGGGGAAUGGGAUGAGUGAGGCAGCUGAACAGAAGCACAGUAACUUCUACUGAGAAACAGAGGGAGGAAUCCUGCUCCUGCAGCGAGGGAAGACAAGGAGGAGGACGACUAGAUAGGACGAGGAAAACUGAGAGGACAGUGGGUCCAGUCGAUUGAGACAAGUGAAGGAGCAAGGGGGGAAAAAGGAGAAAAAACAACAAAAGUAGGACAAAAAAAUAUAUAUUGGAGACUGGCGGUGCUGGAAAGAGAGUGCUUGACACGCGGGGCAAAGAUACACAGACACAUACUCACAUCCACAUCUGUGCCUCCUUGGAAGGCAGCAUGAAUCGAGACAGUCAAAGUGAGGACACUUUGUCAACCAUGGUUCUGGAGAACAUCAAGAACAAACUGAUUCACGCAUUCAGGACCACUGGUGAACCACGGGAUGCCCCAGAGUCUAAUACUGGGUCCAUUAGCAUUGGCAGGAGUUACCAAGCCAAUGAGGAACUGCGGAGAGCUAAGAUAGAUGGAGCCAUAACCUGGCUAAGAUCUGAACUGCUGGAAAUGCGCUCUCAGGACCAACAGCUGGCCCAGACCCUGCUGGGUCUCAACAAUGAGAUCCAGAGACUGAGGCGGGAGAGUAUGUCUGGGGCUCUGGAGCCAGAGGGGGAUGAACACCACUAACCAACCCCACCCAGUACACCUCUCCUGGGGGAAACAGAGAGUGAGGGUGGAGGUAUCCUGCUGGAAUUUCCUGGAACCCUGUUUAAAUCCAUGACCAAACUAUGUCUUUUGACAUUUCUAAAACAGAUAUGUGGAAGUGUUAUACAAAAGAGACCCUUGGAAUGAGGAUUCCCUUGUAAAGGUCACAUGGCAUGUUUGAUGUUGGCUGUGAGGGACCCAAUGGACUGGAUAUGAUUUGAUGAGUAAUAGUCAUAAGAAUGUUUGAAACUUGUGAGGUAGUGUUCAAUGUUGCAUGCAUACAUUUUCAGUCCUGUGUCAUUCACCAAGUGAGAUCCAAAGUGAAUAUGUUAACUAUUAUUUAAGACAAAACAAUCUGUAUUUCAUAAGGCCUUAUUUUGAGGACCUAGUUUUACCUUAAUACAGUGACCUGAAACUCAGGGUUUACAGGUCACAUCAGGCCUAUAAGUCGCAUUAUGCUGGUUUGCAAAGUGAUGUGGUAUUCCUAUUGGAAUUCUACCAGAAUCCAACAUUCAGAAUUUCUAUUCACCCACAAACUGCAUUCAGAAUGAUUGCCAGUGUUAGGAAGACUAAGGGGGUAUCACACUGAAUUGGCUUGGAGCAGUUUUUCCGAACUCUGGUGCGUUUACCCCCUUAGUUUGGUUUGUUUGAACUGGUGUGAACACUCUAGCUGCACUAAACAACGCACCGUGGUUCGCUCAAAGAGGUUGGUCUCUAUGCGAUUAAUUUCGUACCGCGGUGCAGUUUGCUGCAGGUGAGAACGCAGUCUGGACCAAACACAGGAAAGUAACCAGAGUCACGCAGUAUUAUUGGUUGUUUGACUGCAAGCAUUUUAUGAAACGCACGCCACAUCAUAACUUGACAUAUCUGAAACAUUCUGUGAGUAGCAGCGCAUCCGAUGCAGAUUAGUUGAGACCGGAGCUGUACCGGAGAUAUAUGCUACUGAAUGUAGUCUAUUAAUUUAUCCUAUUCACGUCACAGUUGGAGCGGCUAUUGUGCUGUUUCCUCCCGCAUGUUGCUGGAAGACCAAAAGAAAAGUAAUAUGAAGAUUGGGACACACAAGCGAUGCUUCAUGAUAAUCAUAGAUUGAUUUAACGUGAGCAUUUUUGGCCUAUAAACAAUUGACUUCAAUGGACACAUCCCACUGAGCACACACUGGUUGAAUCAAUGUUGGUUCCACAUAAUUACAUUGAACCAACUUGGAAUAGACGUUGAAUUUACGUCUGUGGCUAGUGGGGUGGUUUUAUUUAGGAAUGAUAGUUAAUUUGACAUUUGGAAAUGUUAAACCAACCGGACCAAAAAAAUAAAAAUACUAUGUAACAAAUAAUCAAACUCUGAUUCGAACUAAAGCUCAAAACUACUUGUGAAAAUACCCAAAGAUAUGAGACUACCUAAAUCAUCUAAACUGGAACAACCGUUUUAGUAACGGGUGCAAUGAGUAACAGAUUGGAUUAGUUUAGAAACAUUUAUGUUAUUUAUAUUUGAGUAGCAUAAGAUUAAUUAAUCAAUUAGAAAACAUAGGUAUUGAAACAAACAAUAAAAAAAAAAUCUAGCUGCAAUAGAGCAUGCUGGGAAAUAUGAUAAUAAUGGCCGUGGUUUUGGUUUAACACUGGUUAUUAACACCAACACUGGGUUUUUUUUCACCAAUGACUGUUAAUUUAACGCUUACAGAGGUAAUUUAACUCCCUAAUCAACACUAGAACUGUUACACUGAAAAAUGUAACACUGAGUUACACUAGCCAAUUUUCUAUGCAGAAGCAACAGAUAAAAAAAAAAAAAAGAAUAAAUCAUGAAACUUUAA